AUGGGCUUUCAAGUUGGAAACAUCUACGCCAUUACGGCUGUGGCCGUGAUCGGCGGUGGUCUCUUUGGCUUCGACAUCUCGUCCAUGUCCGCAAUUCUGGGCACGACCGCCUACAAAUGCUACUUCAACCAAGGUCCACGCGGGCCUGGAUAUGACGACAGCAAUGAAUGCUCCGGACCAACCGCCAGCGUUCAAGGAGGAAUUACAGCUUCAAUGCCAGGUGGCAGCUGGCUGGGUGCUUUGGUGUCUGGCUACCUUUCCGAUAUCUUCGGCCGGAAGAAGUCCAUCAUGAUCGGCUGCGUGAUCUGGGUGGUUGGCUCGACGAUAAUUUGCGCAUCGCAGAACAUCGGUAUGCUCAUCGUCGGGCGCGUCAUCAACGGUUUCUGUGUGGGCAUCGAAUCUGCUCAAGUCCCCGUAUAUGUAUCCGAAAUCGCUCCUCCGAGCAAACGUGGUCGAUUGGUGGCUUUCCAGCAGUGGGCCAUCACGUGGGGAAUCCUAAUUCUCUACUACAUCUCCUACGGCGCAUCUUUUGUGGGCGGUCAGGAUGUGGAUAAUUACAGUACCACCGUCUUCCGCUUGCCAUGGGGACUUCAAAUGCUUCCGGCCGUGCUAUUGUUCUUCGCCAUGUUCUUCCUGCCCGAGUCGCCGCGUUGGCUCGCUCGCAAAGAUCGCUGGGAGGACUGCAAAGCCGUGCUGACUCUCGUCCACGGCAAAGGCAACCCAGACAGCCCUCUCGUAUCCCAAGAACUACACGACAUCCGCGAAAUGUGCCAAUUCGAAGCCCGAAACUCCGACGUCACAUAUUGGGAACUCCUCACACCAAAACUCCUUAACAGAACACACAUUGGCGUCUUCACCCAGAUAUGGUCACAAUUAACCGGCAUGAACGUCAUGAUGUACUACAUAACCUACGUCUUCUCCAUGGCCGGCUACAGCGGCAACGCCAACCUCCUGGCCUCCUCAAUCCAAUACAUCAUCAACGUGCUCAUGACCGUCCCAGCUCUAAUCUGGCUCGACCGAUGGGGCCGUCGCCCGACCCUAAUAAUCGGCGCCUUCCUCAUGAUGGUCUGGAUGUUCACCAACGCCGGCAUCCUCGCCAGCCGCGGAGAAAUCGUGCCAGGAGGAGUCGGCGGCGUAGCAGCAGUCUCCAUGCGUCUCCAAGGCGCCCCAGCCAAAGGCCUCAUCGCCUCAACCUACCUCUUCGUCGCCUCCUUCGCCCCCACCUGGGGCCCCGUCUCCUGGGUCUACCCACCCGAACUCUACCCGCUCCGCGUCCGCGGCAAAGCAGUCGCGCUCUCCACCUCUGCGAACUGGGCCUUCAAUUGCGCGCUGGGAGCCUUCGUGCCCCCGGCUUUCGUCAACAUUCGUUGGAAAGUGUAUCUUGUGUUCGGGGUUUUUAAUUUUUGCAUGCUGGUGCAUUCCGCCUUGCUUUUUCCCGAGACGGCGGGGAAGACGUUGGAGGAGACGGAGGUGAUGUUUGAGGAUCCGAACGGCAUUCCGGGCAUUGGGACGAGGCCGUGGAGGACGAGGGUGCAGUAUCAUCAUGCGUUGGCUUUGGAGCAGGGGGAGGGGAAGAGGGGGGAGGAGGUGGAGAGGAGGGAGGAGAGUGUGGAGGGGAAGGUUUGAUGGGAGGGGGGGGGGACACAAUGUGCAUUGUUAGGGGUGUUCAGAGAUCGGUUUUGUGUAGCUAGCUAGCUAGCUAGUUGGGGAUACCUUAGGAUCUUUA